GGAAUCCGAGAGAUCGUCGCGCGCCAACUUGGAUUAUUAUAACUAGAAAUUGUUGUGCUCGUGUAGUGUUAACAGGUGUUAAAAGAAAACCCUCGAGUUACCACUUUUCCGAAAAAAUAAAAAAAACUCUUCUGUCUAAUGAUGACAGAAACGGUAGUGAACGUGCAGGAAGCACCCAACAACAAUGCGGCAAACAAACCGCAAACCAGUGACCAACCUCUAGCCUGGAUUAAACUCAAUGUGGAUUACUUCAAAACGACACCCGGAUUACUCAAAAUUGCCGAACUUAUAUUAGGUAUCCUAUGUAUGUCACUAGCGUCACCAGCAUGGCUUUCAGGAACACAUUUUUUCCUCUUCGUCGCGACGACGAGCUUCAUCGGCACCCUGAUUUGGGUGUUCGUCUACUUUCUGGGCAUUCGGGAGGCGCUCAACUUGCCCAUCCACUGGAUACUCACAGAGUUGGUCAACACGGCGAUCUGCACGGGGGCUUACGUCAUUGCGUUUAUUGUCCAGCUCUCGAUAUGGCCCGGGGGGCCGCACUGGCACAGGGGCGCCAACAUAGCUGCGGGGGUUUUCGGCAUUUUCAACGCCCUGGUUUACGGAUUCGCAACGUAUCUCCUCUACAUCGAAUACAAAGGAAACAGGACAAACUGAAGGAAGAACUGACGAGUCGAGGUCGCAUUUUAGCUUAGGUUCAUGUAAUAACGAAGAGGAAUUUUUUAUUCGAAAACUGUUUAGUUGUUGUUAGUCAUGUCAUAUUCAUCACUUCUUUUUUAAUUUUUACUCUUUCACUUUUAUAUCAAGUAAUUUAUUGUACACUAAGUGUAUUAACAUGUUUCCUCUAGUGCCUUCACAGCAAUUGUCACGAUAAUAAUUCACUUAAAUUUUUAUAAGGUUGUAAAGCUCCAGCGUGCGAGACGCUGGUUCUUUAUACGUAUUUAAGUUUUCAAAUUUUAUCUAAAUAUUGUACAAUUACUGUGUAAAUUUUAGAUUGAAAUAAAUAAUUGUUUUUAUAAAA